UCUAAGGCAGAAUCUUGUCACCUUCACUGGGGAGGGAUCAAACCACCCCAAGUUGAGUCAAGGCACAGAGCUCCUGUCUGCGAGCAAGAAAGUCAUCUGCCAUAGAGAUCUAGAGCAUGGCAGCACAGUGCCCUGGAAAAGCAGCUCAGGUGUUGACUCCUCCCCAGUAUCUGGGGUCCCAUACCCUGAACCCAAGUAGAUGUCAGCCAUCAAACCCAGGUAGGAGAGAGAAGUGUCAUGGAUCAAUGGGAUCGGCUCCACGGGGGUUACACUGCCUCGGGGCUCGGUGCCCCCUGGGGCCCUGCAGGAAUCCCCUGGGGUGGCACAUGGAGUGCCCCAGCUGGAGUGGCUGCUCUGCAGGAGGGCACAGGGUUCCUCACCUCCAUGUGUCACCUCUCACACUCAGGAGUCGGGCCCCAUCUUUUACUACACCUGUUGCAAUCGUGCUGUGCGGCGGCACAGAUAACAGAGGGGCUGAAGUCCAGAGUGGGGCAGGACCUGGGGAGCAGAUUCCCUGGGGCUCGUGGUAUGGCCUCCCCCAGCUGCUGCCUCUCCCGACUCGCUUCUGCCCUUGUCACAUCCCUUCUGCCCAUGAUGUUGGGGCUCGCACUCCUCCUGUCCCUGCUGCUGCUGGCUGGGGCUGUCCCUUCCAGCAGGGCUGCUGUUGUCAACAGCUGUGGCAGCACGGCCGAGCACCGCUGUGACUUCAUGUGCCACUGCGGUGACUGCUCCGAUGAGAACCAGUGUGGGUACCUGGGGGUCUCGGCCGUGCUUGGCUUGCCCUUCACCUGUGAUUUCGAGGAAGACGACUGUGGCUGGCGGGAUGUGAGCACCUCCACCUACAGAUGGGUGCGGGGCCGAGCCAGCCUGGGCUCGUGGGGCACGGGGCCGCACUCAGACCACACUGUGGGCACAGACCGGGGGUGGUUCAUGGUGACAACAUCCCCCCCGGCAAAGGCCACAGCCACCGCCUGGCUCCGGUCACCAGUCAUGCGGGAAGCGGCCGCCACAUGUGAGAUCUGGGCUUCGUACCACCUGUCGGGAAGCAGACUCAACCAGACGGCAUGCCCGGUGCUGCGCCUGCAUGUGGCAUUUGGGGACAUGGUGGUGGAGCUGUGGCGGAGCCCUGAGCACAUGGCUGAGGGCUGGCACAAGCUGGUGGCAUACCCCGGCCGGAUCGAGGGGCAGUUCCAGCUCACCUUUGCCCUGACACAGCCGCCCGCCUGUGGGACAGUGCUGGCACUGGAUGACAUCGUCUUCAGGAACUGCGGCUUGCCAGCGGCUGGGCAGCAGCGCUGUGGGGCAGAGGAGAGCAGCUGCAGCAGAGGCUCCUGCCUGGCCCUGGGCCGCUUCUGUGAUGGCACUGACGACUGCGGGGACGGUUCUGACGAAGCUGCGGAGCAGUGCCAGAACUUCACCUCCUGCUCCUUCGAGGAAGAUCUUUGCAGCUGGGAAGUGAAGGCUGGGCAGCUGGCAUGGGGGAGGAACACGAGCUUGGACCUGGGGACCAUGUCUGGCAUUCCCACCCGGGAUCACAGCACCAACAGCGCUACAGGAUAUUUCCUUCACACCAUCGCCGGGGGGGCCAACAGCGCGGCCAGGCUGAGCAGCCCCACUUUCCAGGCCACCAACUCAUGCUCCCUUGUGCUCUACUGCCAUCUCCAUGGCUCAGCCACCAGCAGCCUCAGCAUCUCUUACGUGAUCAAUUCCACUGAGCAUGUGGUGAGAGAGAGAACAGGGGACACAGGCAGCUGCUGGGUCCGUGAGAGAGUGGACUUCAAGCUGACAGAGAGCUUCAAGGUGCUGAUCACGGGGGAGGUGAGCAGCGGCGGCACCGUGGCUGUCGAUGACCUGAUCCUGUCUCCGGGCUGUGUGCUGCAGCAGGAGCCAGCUCCCAUGGUGCUGCCCAGCCGGGCCCGUGCCAGCCCCUGCACGUCUGAGGAGUUCCCCUGCAACGACGGGGGCUGUGUCAGCGCCGAGCUGGUCUGCGACUUCACCAAGGCGUGUGCUGAUGGCUCCGAUGAGAACCGCUGUGGAGCCACCAACUUCGAGGAAGGGGCCGGGGGCUGGCAUGACACCAGCGUGGGCCGGCUGCGCUGGGCUGUGCAGAGGACCACUGAGUCCAUGGCCACCACCCUCAUGGGAGCAGGGGCUUUCUUGGCCCUCCAGACAGGAGAAGGACAAAUGGUGGCUCCUGCCAAUGCCCGAACACCUCUGCUGGGCCCCUCCAGCCCGGCCUGCGCUAUGGAGAUGAGCUACCGCCUGCACAGCGGCCCCCAAGGUUUCCUCGCCGUUGCUGUCACGGAGCACUCCACAGGCCUGACACACCUGGCCUGGCACACGCGGGGGCACGGCGACGCGGCCUGGGACCAUGUCCACAUCCCGCUGGGGGAGAGGGCCCGGCCCUUCCAGGUCGAACUGCUGGGGAUGGCGGAGCUGCAGGACCCAGCAGACAUCGCCAUUGACAACGUGACGUUUGUGCAGUGUGACCCUGCCUUGGGGCCCCCGGGGGCUGCGGAGCUGUCCUGCAACUUCGAGGCAGACCUGUGCGGCUGGUACCAGGACUUGGGCAGUGACUUCCAGUGGGUCCGCAGCACUGGGCAGGGGCAGGGCUCUGACCACACCACAGGAUCAGGAUACUUCCUGGCCGUGGACCCCUCGGCACCAUGGAGCCGCGGGCAGCGUGCGCAGCUCAUCACCUACAGCCAGGAGCCCACUGCUGCCCCGCGCUGCCUCGCCUUCUGGUACCGCUUGGCGGGCCCACAGAUCGGCACCCUGAGCCUCAAGCUGCAGCUGCAGGGAGCAGAGGAGACGGUGUUGUGGACCCAGCGGGGCAGCCAGGGCAGCGUGUGGCACCGUGGGCUGGCGACGCUCCCUGCCACAGGGCAGCAGCACUACCGGCUGGUCUUUGAGGCACUGCGGGACGGCUUCAUGGGUGACAUGGCACUGGACGACGUGGCGCUGACGGCGGGCUCCUGCGGGGCCGAGCUCUCCUGCUCCUUCGAGGCGGGCACUUGUGGGCUGGUGGGCAGUGGGCAGUGGCAGUGGCAGAGCGGUGGCACCGGCACCACCACUGGCCCCACGGCUGACCACACCACUGGCACCACUGCAGGACAUUACAUGGUGGUGAAUACUAGCAAGUACUCACUGCCCAUGGGGCACGUGGCCACGCUCAGCUCUGCGCUGUACCAGCGUUCUGCGCCCACUCAGUGCCUAGCUUUCUGGUACCAGCUAAGUGCUGCAGCCCCAGGGACUCUCCGCGUCCUCGUGGAGGAGAACGGUGAGCAGAAGAAGCUGUUCAGCGUCAGCGCUAUGGAAGGUGACACCUGGCACCGUGGGCACGUCACUGUCUGGGCAGACAUGGACUGGAAGGCAGUGUUUGAGGUGGUGGGAGCUGGGGGUGAGCACAGCUACGUGGCACUGGAUGACCUGCACGUGUCAGACGGAGCCUGCUCUGAGCCAGCAUCCUGUGACUUUGAGUGGGAUAUGUGUGGAUGGAGCAGCCCCUCAGAUGAGCGCCUGCAUGGCUUCACCUGGGGCUGGAAGAGCGGGAUCCCCCUGGCCAAGUACCCCAGCCCUGAGCAGGAUCACACCCUGGGCACAGAGGAUGGUCACUACGUGCACUUCGACACCCGCGUUCUGGGUGCAGGGGGCACCACUGCCCGGCUGGAGAGCCAGCACCUGCCUGCCACCACCACCGGCUGCCUGCACUUCUGGUACCAUAUGGACAUCCCAGAGCACCUCUCUGGCGGGGAGCUGCAGGUGAAGCUGCAGAGCGCAGCAGGGCAGCGCACAGCAUGGAGCCUGGCAGGGCAGCGGAGCCAAGGCUGGCAAGGCAGCACAGUGCCCUUGGAGAGUCCCAGUGAGUUCCAGAUUGUCUUUGAGAUCACUUCACGGAUGUGGCCGAUGGAGGGGACCGUGGCACUGGAUGAUAUCAAGUACAAUGCCACUGGAGGCUGUGACUCCAGCCCAGAGGCGCCAGGGAAAGUGAAGUCUUCCAGAGGUUUUGUGGCAGAAGUGGUGCUCGGCCUUCUGCUGGCUGUCAUCGUGCUGGUGCUGGCGGCAGCUGGCGGCUGGUACUGGCUGAAGAGGAGAGCUCAGGGGAGUGGGAUGGCAGUGGAGAGCAACACUCCCCAGGGCUUCGACAACAUCACUUUUCGAGAUGACAAGGUCAUUAUAGCACAAGUGCCAAAAGAGGGGGAUGAAGACUGAACUAAGCCAGCACCACCCACCACCUCCUCGCACCCAUGACAUGUGCCCAGGGCAGAGCAUCCCUCCAGCAGAACCUCGCACUCCAUCCAGCCCGCAGCUGCCCACCCCAUGGCACACUCACCGCCCCAUGUCUCAUACUGCAGAGCUGCAGCAGGCAGCAGCCCCCGGGGCACGGCUCGGCUGUUUCCACCACUACCUCCACACGCGCGGGAACAGCACUGCUGUUUUUUAUAACAUGAA